CAACCAAUGGACUUUUGCCAUUAGCAAUGAAAACGAAGACAAAACAACAAUAACCUAUAAAAGGCACGUUCCUUUUCCUUUCAAAUUUGAAAUGUUUUGAAUUUUUUCUUUCUACAAAACUCAAUUUGUAAAAAUGGGGAAGAAAACUAAAAUUGGAAAACAGAGAAAGGAUAAGUUUUAUCAUUUGGCUAAAGAAACUGGAUUUCGAUCGAGAGCGGCUUUUAAAUUAAUCCAACUUAAUAGAAAAUUCGAAUUUUUACAAAAGUCAAGAGUAUGUCUAGAUCUUUGUGCAGCUCCUGGAGGAUGGAUGCAAGUUGCCAAACAAAAUAUGCCAGUGUCGAGUAUCAUUUUGGGGGUAGAUUUAUUUCCUAUAAAACCUAUACCGGGCACUAUAUCACUAACAGAAGAUAUUACCACUGAUAAAUGUAAAGUUGCAAUUACAAAAGAACUCAAAACUUGGAAAGCCGAUGUAGUUCUUCAUGAUGGUGCCCCCAAUGUGGGUAAAAAUUGGUUGCAUGAUGCAUACUCUCAAGCUUGUUUAACUUUAAGUUCCUUAAAACUGGCCACACAGUUUUUACGCAAAGGUGGCUGGUUUGUAACUAAAGUAUUCAGGUCAAAAGAUUACAACUCUCUUAUUUGGGUUCUUAAACAGCUGUUUAAAAAGGUACAUGCAACAAAACCUCAAGCUUCUCGUAAUGAGUCUGCAGAAAUAUUUGUUGUGUGUCAAUAUUAUAUUGCACCUGACAAAAUUGAUUCUAAGUUUAUGGAUCCUAAAUUUGUAUUUGAAGAAUUAGAAAUUGAGCCAAAAAAUAAAUUAAAUAUAUUUCAUCCAGAAAAGAAAAAAGACAAAGCAGAAGGAUAUCCAGAAAAUGAUUACACACUUCACCAUAAAGUAAAUGCAUCUGAUUUUAUUAAACAUGAAAAUGGAAUAGAUAUUCUUCAACAUGCAUCUGAAAUAGUCUUAGAUAAUUCCGAAAUUUUAAAUCAUGUUAAAACAACUAAAGAAAUACAAGAAUGUUUUAAAGAUAUUAAAGUCUUAGGGCGAAAAGACCUUAGAAAUGUUAUGAAUUGGUGGAAGACACUACAUGAGGAAUGGGAAAAAGAGAAUAAAGAAUUGGUUGAAGAAAAGACCAUUUUGGAGAAAAAUGAUUUAGAAAAUAAAGAAGAUGCAGAUGAUGAUGAUUUAAAAAAUAUUGAUCAACAAGUUAUUGAUCUUGAAAAUGAAGAGUUGAAGGAUGCAAAAAGAAAGAGGAAAAAGGUUCAGAAGGAAAGAAAAAAAUUAAAUGAAAAACUUAACUUAAAAAUGGUUCUAAAAGGUGACGAUGGCCCUAUGGUAGAAGGUGAUGAUAUGUUUUCUUUAAAAAAAAUUAAGGAUAAUGAUAAAAUAACAAAACUAAUGGAUCAAAUACCAGAUGUAGUAGCCUCAUCUGAUGAUGAAAAUGACACUUCCAAGCAGAAGUAUUUAAGGUAUAAUAAGGAUGAACAACAUCUAGAUAGUUCAGGCCUGUAUUAUAAAGAUUCAGAUUCAGAAAUAGAAAUGGAAAGUGACGAUGAUGAAGAUGGUGAUACAAAAGAAGGCCUAGGUUUUGAUAGUGAUGAAUCAGGAGACGAAAAGACAGCAAAAAAGGAUAGAAAUCUUAAAACAAAGAAAAAAGCAAAGAAAGAUCAUCCAUUAAUAACUGACUUAGACUAUAGAGACAAGGAAGAAAAAAGAACUCACAAAGCAGAAUUAUGGUUUGAAAGAGACGUUUUUAAAGAUUUAAUUGAUGACAAAGUUGAAGAUGCAGAUUUGGAUAAGACAGUAGAAGAAUAUAAAAAGAAGGGGGCAACAGUAAUAGGUGAGGAACCUACUGAGAAAACUGAUCAAAAAAGAAAAAUAAAUAAGAAAGAAAAUAACAGUAGUGAUAGUGAUUACAGUUCAGAGGAUUCCAAUAGUGAUAGUGAUUCAGAUUAUGAUGUUGAUAAAGAAAUUAAUGUAGUCGUCAAUAACACAAAAAAAGAUGGUUUUGAAGUUGUAAAAAAAGGAACAGCUGUCAAUACGAAUAAAAAGAGCAAAAAGCAUAAACUAACUGAAGAAGAAUUGGCACUGGGUACUCUGAUGAUCAAUAGCAAAAAAUCGAAAAGGGAUCUUAUUGAUGCAGCCUGGAACAGAUAUACUUUUAACGAUGAUAAUUUGCCAGAUUGGUUUGUUCAAGACGAACAAAAACACAUGAAGAAAGAAGCACCUGUACCAAAAGAACUAGUAGGAGAGUACAAGAAAAAAUUAGAAGAAAUUAAUGUCAGACCUAUUAAAAAAGUAAUUGAAGCUAAGGCAAGAAAGAAGAAGAGAGCCCUUAGGAAACUAGAAAAAGCUAAAAAGAAAGCAGAGUCCAUAUUAGAAAAUGCCGAUGUUUCUGAGAGAGAAAAGGCCCAGCAAAUCAAACAAUUGUAUAAGAAAGCCCAUCAAGAACCAAAAAAAGAGGUGACUUAUGUGGUGGCUAAAAAACAUAUGGCUGCAAAAAGGGUGAAGCGGCCAGCAGGCGUCAAGGGACAUUACAAAGUUGUUGAUCCGCGAAUGAAGAAGGAUAUUCGAGCGCAAAAAAAUAAGUUGAAAACUAUGGGUAGAGGUAAAAAGGGUGGAAAAGGGAAACCAAAACAGCAUAAUAAGAAGAAAAAGGCAUAAUUAAUAUAAAUUAAAAUAUUUCAACUAUUUUAUAUUUGUAUAUAAACUGAAUAAAACUGUUGUUAAAUCAC